AUGGGCACAAGUCUGCCGGAGAUCUCGAAAAAGGAAAUUGUUAAACCAACAAAAUUCUCCUCAAUGAGGUCAUCCGUUCCAUCAACAUCGACUCAAAAUGAUUUGAUCAAUCCGAUGGUGAAAACAUCACCACCAAAGAAGGAAAACAUUUUUUUCAGAUCCAAAAAUGACUCACCCAAACCGGCCCCAACUCCACCAACAAAGGCGUCUACGUCCCGGGAAUCGGCUUUGCUGCUCAAAAAGAGCAACCCGUACAAGAACUCUGGAACCACGUUGUACCGAAGAAAAGAUUCGGAGCUGAAGGAUCGAAGACUGGAAUCCCGCCGACAACCCUUUUACCACCAACAGCUCAAGUGGAGACACCGAGUACAGCUACCGUCCUUGUUCCGGAGAUCUUGGACAUUGGCGGAAACAAUUCGAAAAUGGAAACAGGAACGAGAGAAGAAAGCUUUCUGCAAGACAAAAAUUUCGAAUGAUUGCUAUUGUCCA